GAAGAGACACCCUAAAAUGAUGCGACAAUCAGAUGACACAAGACCCUUUGCCCUCGUCGGUAUGACGCAGGCAGAAAGGAAAGUCUUGCUGGAUCUAGUUCGACAGGAGGCUCCUGAUUUGCUGCACCCUGGAGCUGUUAAACGGAUACGGUCUGGCACUUGGGCCCUCAUCAUGAAAAAAUUCAACGAAUCCUGCUCGUGCUAUAGAACUGUGGCCCAGCUGAAGUCCUGCCUCCAGAACAUCAUGCGCAAAACCCUCCAGAAAAAGGCCGGAGGAGGGACCGCGCAGCAGUCAUUUCGCAAGAUCAACUUCACACUUUUCGAGAAGAAUUUGAUUCUCAAUCUGGGAAAGCAGCGACCGGUUGUUUUCUCCAAGCUGAAAGACGGGCAGACGCAAGCGGUCAAGAGGAAAGCUUGGACUGAAAUGAUGUGGACAUUCAACAGGACUCAGGGCAUCAAGACACAGCGCACAGCGAGAGAGAUUAAGAACUGUCUGGUCAACAUGACCAACAGGAACAAAGAGGUUGAUGAGUUCCUCAAGUCACAAAUGCCUGAAUAUGCAAGGCAAAAUGAUAUCCCUGAACAGCCACACUUAGAUGGAACAGUGGUCCUUGGGGGUGUAUCGCAUCCUGUAACAAACGUCCAUGGGACUCCUGUAACACAGAACCCAAUGCAAUCACCUACUAGUAGCGUGCAACGGAGAGGUACUAUGGCUAACAACAAAAAAUCUCAGCCGGCACAGAGUAAUAAGCCUCAAGUUCCCAAACACAGAUUCCUCUUGCCCAAACCUCUGAGUGCACCAGCAUCUUCUUUCCCAAAUAGGUCAACACCAGUUCUCAUAGGUGCUGUUUCCCAAAAUGUGCCAACUCCCCAAACAAGCAUACCACAGAAUAACCAUCCCACCCUGACACACCCAGUUCGAACAAUAUCUGUCCCCCAAGUAUCUAUGAGUUCAUCACAGUUAUCGCCCCCAGUCUCAACUCUUCGGACACAACCUACCCAGUCAGCACUGCCUCACGUAAUGCAGGCGGGUCCAGCUCAACAAGUACAAUCAUCACCAGCACAGCCCAUAGUUCAUGUCCAGACAUUUUCAUCAUCUCAAAUACAACCGUUGCAGCCCAUGUCUGUUCAACAGACCCAAUCUCACUGCUUGCCUCCUGCACAAGAUUCUGACCUCGGAUUAUCCGGUUGGAUUCCAGAAACUCAAUCACAGCAUCAUCAAAACCCAUCGUCCAGCAAGCCUGCAGUGGAUGAGACCUUAGCGGAGACAAGAGAUGAUUGUAUCAUCGAGAUCAAGGAGGAGAGUGGUUCUGAUCCGGAAGAGCUGUAUGGGCUUGAGCAACAGUUAUCCGCAACACCAAUGGAGAUCCACAAAUCCCCAACAGAUACGUCACAGUUACCAAGAUAUGGAGAUCAACUCAUGAAUUCAGGUGUAAACAGAAACCAACUCCAAGUACCACCUGCCAAGUCUACGACACCGCAACAACCAGAGGAGCUUUCCAGUGAGCAAGAUGGUAUGGGAAAUGUACAGAUCAAGGUGCACAGAGAUCGUGGGGAGAGCCAAGUAGGGCAGAACCAAGCUUUCCCUUCAUCCAGCUUUACAUCCUCACUCCCAACUGAAGAGAACCAUCAUCAUUCCUCUGGCUAUCUCAUUCAGACCAGCUCUCAGUUCGCCUCUCAAAGCCAACUUCUCUCUCAAGAUUCGAGCUGCUCCACGAACGGGCUAACCACCGAUCUUUCCACCGAGAUACAGGAUAGCGGCAUCCACCGGUCGGAGCCCGGCAAAGACGCAGACGGCUCUCGCAGGGCCAGGCUCAAGAGGAGAAAGGAGAGCGUCGGCACUUUGAAGAAGCGUCUUUUGCAACGGGAGCACGAUCUUCGAAUUCAAAUGUCGAGAGAGGAGCAUGCCUGGUUGUUGGAAGAACACAUGUGGAAGCGAGAGGAACACGAGCUACGCAUGAACAUGAUCAGGAUCAACUCAAAAUUCUCAUAAAUGUUUACAGAGGCUGGUGUAAUAUUAUGGUCAACGCUUUCUCGGCUUCUGAACAAAUUUGAAAUUUGGAAUAAAUUUUGGAGUAAAGAGAGAACAAUCUAGUUUUGUCACACCCACACAUAUAAUGUAAUUCUACCAUUGUAACAGUAGGCCUGUCUUCGUCAGACCAAAGUUUGCAAAAUAACCGCUAUUUUAACUAGCCCGAUCUCAAAUUUUCAUCAGCCAGCAGUUGCAAUUAGUGGGCUAUUUGGUCGAGAAAAUAUCCUGAAAAAUUUUGGUCAUGUUUCCAAAAUAGCCCGAUAUUUAGGAAGUAGCCGGCUAAUUUGCGCUAGUUUGUGAUGAGCAUAUCGGUCUGGUGAAGACACAAUUACGAGCUUCAGGAAAAAAACAUCCCGAGUCUAAAGAUAGCGAGUUAAUUUGCAACUUCAGUGUGAUAUAGACAGGCCUAUUGUGUCAGUCUUACCAUCUUUUAAUCCACAGUGAAUAAAAAGCUUAAAUGGCGUUAUGAAGGGAUUUACCACAGGAGCCGGGUUUAUAUGCUGAGU